AUGUCAUAUAAUAUCGAAACUGAAAUAAUCAAUGUUAUUAAAGCUCUUGAAGGAAUCCUCAGAAAUGAAACGGAUUAUAACGUUAUUAUUUAUAUCGGAGAAGAACCUGAUUUUAAAGAAUUUCAUGCACAUUCUAAUAUCUUACGAAGUAGAUGCGAUCAUUUUAAUGAAAUACUUUCCGCUGAUGAUAUAGAAAAAAUUGACGGAAAAUAUAUAAUUAAGAAACCAAAUUUUACGCCAAAAUCUUUUGAUGUUAUUCUUGAGUACCUUUAUACUGGUUAUAUAAAAAAUGAAACUGGAAUUGAACUUUUUAAUAUCAUGAUCGCUUCUAAUGAAUUAAAAUUGGAAUUAUUAUCUAAAUUCACUGAAAAAUGUCUUAUAACUGAAAAUAAUCAUUUAUUAAGAAAUGAUCCGGUUGGAAUACUACAAAUUGUUAGUGAUCAUAAAAUUUUUGAUAAAAUAAAAGAAGUUUAUUUGGAAACGAUUUGUAUUGAACCAAAAAUUUUAUUCAACUCUGAUAAAUUUACUCAAUUAUCCGCUCAUUUAUUGGGAAUUAUUUUAAAACGGAAUGAUUUGAAAUUAGAUGAAAUUGAAAUUUGGGAAAAUUUAAUUAAAUGGGGAUUAGCACAAGUUCAAACUCUUAAUCAAGAUGUAUCUAAUUGGAAUCAAGAAGACACUAAUAUUUUUAAAGAAAUUAUAUAUACAUUUGUUCCAUUAAUAAGAUUUUAUGGUAUUUCUUCUAAAGAUUAUAUUAUUAAAGUUAAACCUUAUGAAGAAGUUUUACCAAAGGAAUUGAAAGAUGAUUUACUUAAAUAUUAUAUGAUUCCUGAAUAUAAACCAACUCUUAAUAAUUUAAAACCAAGAUAUUCAAGAAUUUUUAUUGAUUCUAAAAUAAUUAAUCAACAACAUACUAUACUUUUUGCAAAUUGGAUUGAUCAAAAAGGAAAAAAUUCCAGUAGGUAUAUUAAAACUAUUCCUUAUGAAUUUAAUCUUAUUUAUCGUGCAACUAGAGAUGGAUGGAAACCUACAGAUUUUCAUGAAAAAUGUGAUUAUAAGAGAGCAACUAUAAUUGUAGUAAAGAUUAAAAAUUCGGAACAAGUAAUUGGAGGAUAUAAUCCACUUGAAUGGGAUUCAAGUAAUAAUCAUAAAUCUACAAAAGACAGUUUUAUAUUCUCAUUUACAAAUAGAAAUUCUCUUCAGAGUGCAAAAGUAGGUUAUAGUAAUGGUGAUUCACAUUCUAUAGGUUGUUUUUCAAAUAAUGGUCCAUUUUUUGGUGGUAAUAAUAGUGAUUUGGUUUUCCAUAAUAAUGGUAAUUGGAAAAGUAAAAAUCCGAAUUCUUAUUCUCGAGUUGAUAUACCAUCAAAUUUUCGUGCUGAUGAUUAUGAAGUUUUUCAAGUUACAGAUACUAGAAGAUCGAGUUCUUUUUUAGAAAAGGAAAUUGAAAUACCUCAAAUAGAAAAUGUUAAAAAUUCGGGCAGUGAAGAGAUUUUAAAAUCGGAAAAUAAAAAAAGUCCUUUAAUUUCUUUAUUUAAAGGAAAAAGAUAA